AUGGCUAAGAGAGUAGCAGAAAAGGAACUGACUGACAGGAACUGGGAUCAAGAAGAAGAAACUGAAGAGGUAAGGAAGGUCAGAUGCUUUUAUUAGAAAUAAAAUUGAAAUAGUUGCUAGAAUCAAUAGGAAGAUCAUGGAAAACUAAAUGAUUGCAUUUUAUUACUAUGUUGGCACUGUAUCGCAAGCUAAAAAUAAAAAGAACAGAUUAUGCCAGGUAAGCGGGAUUCUCCCUUGUAACUUUCAUAGAUCUAUGGGCAACAAUUAAUUGCAAUCACAUUCAUGUAGCUAGUAUAGGGGCUGGCUCAUUCACAAGGCAAGUGAUCCAUAGGCUGCAAUGGCUGCAGCACACCUCAUGGAGGCUGGAUCUGCUGCCUUCUUGGCAGCUCCCCCACCCCCACCCUGCAGUGCUAUCUCUACAGCAAAAUCUCAGCAGAUAGGAGGCACUGCUUUUCUCCUCUCACCCCUAGGGAGGAAAUGGCAGGAGCUGCCUUCUGGGGUCAUCAUCUCCCCCUUUACAUCCUUUGAUUCCAACUUCAGCUCUCAAGCAAGGUUGAUUUGAUUCCUCUCCUGGUUCCCAGUCUCUCUUGUUCCUGAUGUAGAUCUGCAUUCACUCCUUCUUCCCUGGUGGGGAGGGGUACCAUUUCACGGUUUGCCUCAGGUGCCAAAAUGUAUUGGGCAGGCCCUGGAUGGUUUUGUCAGUUAUAUGCAACGGAUGUGUUUUGCCUAAGAGUUGCAGUGUCAAGAUUACAUUUUGUGUAGUGAAAAUCAAGGCUGUUAUUCUAGUCCUUUGUCAAAUGAGUGCAACAGAAAAAAGCUUAGAGGUCCUGGGGUGUUUGUGGUGCUAGGCUUUUCAGUAAUGGCCCAUCUCAGAGCAUCAUUAAACCUUUUCACAUCUUUGCAAAUGGAAUGCACUUCCUGAAAUUCAAAAUGCCAAUAACCAAAGCUGUUUCUAGUCUUCCUUAGCAGCUACUACCUACAUUUCCAUAAAUCUGUUUUAUUGGAUUAGAAAACUUGCAAUCAUCUCAAAGGCCAUAAGUGAAACCUAAUGCCAUUAAAAUUAGUUCAGAUUUUUUCCUUUGACCUUAACUGUACAUGAGUUGUGUCAUAUGUUGUAUCAGCAACCUAAUAACUUCAUGAAUGUAUUCAAUUUUGGCUUCUUGUUUCCAGUGCUCCAGGAAUGGAGUUUCUCCCAACACUGUGUGAGAGAGACAGAUGGAGAUAAUCAGAUAAUGAUGGGGGAAUUUCAUUAUCUGUUUUCCUCUUUGGUUGGAAGAGGGACCAAGCUCUCACCCGCAGUUUGCCUGGCGGUCUGGCACUUGCUUCCCCAUGGAAUGCAAGGGCAGGCAAAGGCACUGGGUGCAUGGAGUACUCUGGCUGCCACAAACCCACCCCCCCCAUCCCGUUCCUGGUUAUCCUGUUAAUUGGGAUUUAGUUGGAGCAAACUACAGGCCAGAGACGAUGAGAUAAGAAACUGAAAACAACCCAGCUACAAAGAUGUAAAAGGUUUGGACUGAGAGCGGAUUUCUGAGAGCAAAGGGCCUUCUCGGUAGUAGUGCCUGCCCUGUGGAACUCUCUCCCAGCAGAUGUCAAGGCAAUAAACAACUAUUUUACUUUUAAAAGACAACUGAAGGCGGCCCUGUUUAGGGAAGUUUUUAAUGUCUGAUGCUGUAUUGUUUUUAAUAUUCGGUUGGAAGCUGCCCAGAGUGGCUGGGGAAACCCAGCCAGAUGGGCAGGGUAUAAAUAAUAAUAUAUUAUUAUUAUUAUUAUUAUUAUUACUACUACUACUACUACUACUACUAUUAUUAUUAUACCCUAAAUCAGUUAGGAUCCAAUUUGGCAUGUUCUGACAUAUUUAAUGUGUUGAUUUUACUUAGUUUUACUUAUUUCACAAGUUUUCCUAAUAUCCCAUAGUAGUUGCAAUGAAAAAUUUGAUUAGGAAAAAAAGGCAUUGAAGCACACAAUAUAUUUUAAAUGCUAUAUUCAAGCAGAAACCUGUUAAGUAUAUUGACAUAAUUUUUUAUGUUAUAAAGGUGGAAAUUAUUUGACUUGCUAUUGACGCAAAUUUGGGAAUGUUUCUUGAUAAAGCAGGGCUUACAGAGUCUAAAUAUUUUUGUAGCAGUCAAGUGAUAAGCCCUUUAUCGACAAAAGAUUCACAAGUAGUUUUUGUAAAAUGCUAUUAUUAAAGCUGAAUAUACAAUGUCUAUUUGCUUAUUAUAAAAUGUUGAGCCUUAUAGUGUUAAAAGUGAAUGUGUAUUUUGAAAUUAGAGUUUUGUAAUAGAAGGGAAUCAAGAAGCAAUUUUCUGUGUGCAAGUGGAACCUUGUUUGUUCUAAGAAUAUAAUAUUCCUUGCAGGUGGGAACGUUCUCAGUGGCCAGUGAAGAGGUUUUAAAGAACAGAGCAAUUAAGAAGGCAAAGCGUAGAAUUGUGGGGUUUGAGGUACAUAAAUGCACUAAUUUUAUAAUAAUGUCUGAUUCUUGGUCCAACCAUUUGUAUUGCCAAAAAUGCACAGGUAAUUGCUUCUUAUGUGGAAAGUACUGUAAAUAAUGAUGCACAAAUUCAGCCAAGUAUUGAAAUGGCUGAAGGUUGUUUUGACGAAAUAUAACAUUUCCUGUUUGAAGUGAACUGCACCUAGGAAAUUCAUAUUGUGUGAAAUGUCCCCAAAGGAGAGCAGAAUGUUGAAAACAGUUGGAGGAAGACAAGAGUGAUAGAAUACUUCCCAUAUUUAUUUCACCACUCUUUCUAGGAGCCAGACAGUUGCAGUUGGAGUUGCAGAUGUUUUCAGUUUUCAGUUUGUCUGUUAAAAGCGAUUUUAUUACUGGUGAAUUCCAUACUGAUUGCAUUCACAUGACACAGCAAGCCAAACUGUGACUUACCAGGAUCUCACAAAUGUACAGGCUCACAGAAAGAAGCCUGCAGCCACGUUGUUCCUCCAUGGUCUUUUUACUGCCACACUGAGCUAAGCCGAAGUUUGGCUUAGUUUGUCAUGUGAACCAGGACUCAUGAUUAAGGUCUCACCUUGCAUGCGAAGCCAAGCCUUUGUUUGUUAAUGUGUGUGUUACUGUUGAUUGCUCUCAAUAUUGAAGGGUGGGGGUAGCCCUUCAGUGAUUACUCUGAGCGCUCAGGUUUUGUCCACAUGGGUUGGGUUUUCUUUAAUCAGAAGAUACCAUUUGUCUUGUGAUAGUGAAUCUAAUUUCACAAUGGCUCAACAUAUAUUGGCUGGUCCACACAUACAUGUACACUUCAUUGGUACCCAUGGGUUAAAGGCAAGUCAAAUGUCUGAACUGUCUUCAUGGAAAAGAUUCUUAAUGUUUGGUGAUAAGAACAUUCCAUACUUAGUUUCCAGUGAUGUUUGGAAUGAUACAUUUCAUCAUUUGAUGAAUAUGUGUGUGAGAAUCAGACAGGGACCAAAUAUAAUAUGUCCUGUAGAAUAUUUACCUUGAAUAAGGGAAGCAAAGAUUUUGUAUGGGUGGACAUUAACAUAAUCAUACUGAUGGGACUUUGUGGGGAUACAGCUGAAAAGUGAGAUAACUGUUUUACAUCUCUUUCAGGCUGAGAGUGGUGGAGCUUUUAAAGGUUUUAAAGGUUUUGUUUUGCCGUCUGGAGGUGGAGGAUUUUCUGGCUUUGGCAAUGGCACCGGAACAAAGCCUUUAGGGGGGCUAUCCAAUGGCGGCGGCAGCAUUGCAAAUAGCUCAUCGUUCACCAAUUUAAAGACUGCUGCUGAAACAACUACUACAUUUAGUAAGUUCACCAGUAAAAUUUUCUCAUCAGACGAUACUUGUAAAAAUGCUUUUAAUGAUAUUAAGGGAGCUGAAAGGUUUGUGUAAGUAUGUGUCACAUCCAGCCCUCAUAUCAACAAGCAUAUAGAUGGAGGUGAUCAUCCACUUGGCAUUGUGUGCUUCAAAAAGCUGUUGGGCAAAAAAAAAUAUCACAUAUCCAUGCAUGGUUAAAUAUGAGCCAAACAUUCUGGUUGUUCAGUAUAUAAAUCACUUACAUAAGCUGAUUAUUUACCUAUUGUUCAUUUAUCACAUCUUUAAAGUUGCACUAUUUUCCCCCACAUUCCCCCCUCAAGAGAUCUGCACAUAUAUGAACAUACCAAUUACUACAUAUUUUUGUUUCUGUCCCCAAGGCUAUUUAGGUUGUGUUAGAAAGUAGUUAAGUGUUCAUAGGCAUCUAUAUCUGGAUAUAUUGUAUAUAUUUUAUUAUACACACAUAUACUCAUAUUUUACCAUUAUUAAGUUAAAUUAUAAUAUAUUAUUGUAAUAGCACGUUAUCGUAUGGAGCACAUAUAUUUUUCUUGUUAUAUGUUGCCUAGGAGCACGUAAGGAUUUAUAGUGUCAUUCAUUUUUUCAUUUCAGUAAGUUAUGAAGAGGGCUGGUCUGUCCUACCCUGAAUACAUUGCUCAUUUAGACCAUUUGUGCAGUGUCCAAGUUCCUUAUGAGACAGUCUUCCACCUUUGGUAUCUCUUGACUUUUUCCAUGCUUGCUCUGCUAUCAUAGUGCUGCAAUAAAUGAAUGAUAAUUUCUUCGUCUUCUUGAACAACUACUUCCUUCACACAUAAAAUUGAUACAUUUAUAUCAAAUGACCCAUUAAAGUUCUAAGUUGGGCAAAAUAUUUUAAUUUCACCUAUUUGCUCUUGGAGCUUGAACUGACUCUGGCUGGUUGGCAAUGAGACCUUGGGGUCAUAGUGGAUACAUUAACAAAUAUAUUGACCCCAAUAUCAUGAUGGAACAGAGCUCUGGUUCCCAGUCUCACGAUGGUACAGCUAUCCAGAUAGAUAGAUAGAUAUAGAUAUAUUUAAAAAAUUGGCAUUACCGGGAACAAAUCAGUAGAACAAAUUCAGUAAAUAGAUUGGGGGGGAAUGCAUUCUAGAAAUGGGUUCAGGUUAGGUUUAUGUAUGCAUACAACAUUGUAAAGAAAGUUCAUAAAAUGCUCUUCUUUCUAAUAGGUUCUGUGGUGUCCAGUGGUUCAGUGAAUAAUACUGUAACUGAGAAAAAGCCUGUAAGUGUGGAAGCAAAUGGUGAGAGCCAGCAGCCCUUGUCCUCUGGAUUCACUGAGAACAAAGCAUGCAGCCCUGAUGCUUAUCAUAAACAGUUAGCCGCUCUAAAUUGUUCGGUGCGUGACUGGAUAGUAAAACAUGUAAAUGCCAAUCCACUCUGUGACCUGUCGCCGAUUUUCCGAGACUAUGAGAAAUAUUUAGCUGAGAUAGAGCAACGCGGAAUGAGUAGUGACAGCGGUUCUGAAAGUGACAGUAACAAGACAGUUGGAACUCAGCCUGGGUCUGCAUUUGGGAGUCCAAAUCUUCAGCAGAGUUCAACGUUUUUCUUCAAUAGCAACAAAUCUGAGAAUGCACCAGGAAAGAAAACAGAAAUGGAAAAGAAAACGGAACCAAAACUAGGGUCUAUGUCAACUGUCUCCUUUACUUUUAGCAAGAGCGUAGACAACUCUGGUCUGAAUUCUGGUGCAUUACCUAGUUUCUCAUUCUCUCCUGGAAGUGCAAGUUUAUUUGGAAAAGAUACAAGCCAAGGCAAGGUUGUUUCUUCAUUUUCCAGCAAAGCACUAGAUAUUCAGACAGAAAGUGGUGGCAAUGAAGAUAAAGGUAAACAUUUAUUGUUUUAGAAGUUGAGAAAUGGGAUUCAGUCCCAUGUUUCAUUGAAAUCUGGUGAGCUUCCUGCUGAUAUGCAGAAUUGGACCCCCUAGAAAUCUGUUUCUCAUGCCAGAGGACUCUAGGAAAGGGUGUCACUGAGGAUUACAAAUAAUAGCUGGCUGCCCAGGCCAGCUAAAACUUAUGGACCCCUGCAGGAAUGCCUUUUAGUAUUGGGUGACUUUGAACAGAAUUUGGUGCUUUACUAGCAAUCUGCGCUGCUUUUCUCUACUUUGAAACUUCCAUAACAAAUGUUUGUAGGUGAAAUUAUUGAAAGCCCUGCUUUGGUUCCCCUUCCAUUUAAAUAACCUUAACUAUAGAUUGGGUUAAGUAGGGGUUGGGGGAUAGGAAAAGGGUAAGAGCACCUCCACUGCCCUGUCACAUGAUGAUGAUGGUAAUUUUAAUUAAAAAAAUAAAUAAUUGAUAAUAAUAAUAAUUUAUACCCUGCCCAUCUGGCUGGAUUUCCCCAGCCACACUGCGGCUUCCAACAAAAUAUUAAAAAUACAAUAAAAAAAUCAGACAUUAAAAACUUCCAUAAACAGGGCUGCCUUCAGAUGUCUUCUAAAAGUCAGAUAGUUGGUGUGUUAUUUAUUACAAAGAAUCUCUCUCUCUCUCUUUCUAUAUAUAUAUAUAAACCUUUUUGUUAUUUACUUUAUGGCAAUUAGGAAAAAAUAAAAUAAGCUUUUAAAGUUACAGUUCAAGUAGAUAAUUUUAAUCAAGAGUGUUCUUUAAGAAAUGUAGAAAGCUUAUAAGCCAUAUUUUAAUGUUCAAGGCUUAUAAAUGUAAGUGUUGAAGUAGAAGGGAAAUGCAGCAGUAUUAGUGCUAAUCAGCACAGCUUAAAAUAUAUUCUAAUAUCCAGGGGUCGGCAAGGAAGGUUUACCUCCCCUGGGCCAGUUCACUCCAGCGGAGAUCCCUCCGUGGGCCAGAUUGCGUGAGCAUGUGCGCCCACAAUUUCCGGCGUCUGCGCAUGCACAGACGCGAUUUCCGGCGCCGCGGAAGCAAGUCCCUGCACCGGUUUAGUGCAGCACGCAGGGACUCGCUGAGCAGGUGGCUCGGUUCAGGGGCAGCUCGUGGGCCGGUUAAAUGACCCUGUGGGCCGCUUGUGGCCGAUGGGCCUUAGGUUGCUGACCCCUGCUAAUAUCUGUAACUUCUUUCUCUCUAGCACAUUGUUUGAAGAUUUUUUAGAAAUAUAUUUUAUACUGAUGACCCUACCUUUUUAGACAUACUGUGAUCUUGCUCACAUGCAACCAGAAGCUGAGCCAUGGUUUGGCUUAGUGUUAUGGCCGAACCUUGAGCUCAUGGUUUGUUUUCCCCAAACAAGCAAUGGUGAGUGGUAAGCCACAAACAGACCUUGGUUUCAGGUCACAGCUGUCUGGGGCAAGGCCAGCCAUGAGCCCAGGUUUGGAUGCAACGCCAAGCCAUGGUUUAGCUGCUGUUUGUGGAGCAACGGAGGAAAAGUAAAGCACUUGUGAGUUGCUCCUUGUCAAGCCAUAGUUUGGCUUUAUGCCAUGUGAACCAGGUAGCUGUAUCUGAUAUCUAAUAUCCCCAUGUAUUUUUAAAACAUCAAAAGAUUUUUAUGUACUGCAGUGUCUUUUCUUGUAUAUACGUAACACUUACCUGAAAUUAUUCUUCCUACAGGGGGUGAUGAAGAAGAUGAGGAGCCACCAAAGGCAGUAGUGAAUGAAAUAAAGGAAGAUGAUGCCUUCUACUCAAAGAAGUGAGUUGUAUUCUUUGAUACUAUUACCACGAUCAUGCUCUUACUGUAGAGAGUUCAGUAUGCUUUCCCCCCUAAUUUUGUAUGUGUGAGUAAAAGUCUUUAGCAGUUUAUAGUGCAUUACAACUACAAACUAAACGAAAUUUCUUUUGCCGAAGCUAUUUUGUAUCUCUUUAUAUACUGGAGUUCAAACUUUGAUAAUUCCAGGGAGUACAAGUUACAGGUUGCCUCUGUUUUGGCACAGAGUGACUCAAAGAACUGCUUAGUGUUUGUCUCACCCAAAGACCUGCAGUCUUUUUGUCAGGAGCUCAUUUUAAAACACUCUAAAGUUUAAAGGCAGUUUUAUGUGUUUAAAGGCAGUUUUAUGUGCAGCUGGGGGGCUGCUGUUUCUCAGAGUAAAUCUGAGGCCCCCUUGAGCUCAUGGUUCUUUAAAUCUUGGCCAUUAUUUUUGGUAUACUCUGGAAGAUUCUAACAAAUAGUUUUAUCAUGUUGCAAAGACUUAUUUUCUGGAAGGACUAUUUAUAUGACUAUUAGUCUGGCUAGUUCCAGCCUGAGUUUAAAUGUAUUAUUUGUUUGCAUGCUGGUGUUUGCCACAUACAAGCUAUUUGGAGGCUUUUAUUCACCUUUCACAUUCAUGCACAUUCUGUAAAAUGAAUCUUGUCUAUGUUUCCUUUUUUCAGGUGCAAAGUUUUUUACAAGAAAGAUAAUGAAUUUAAAGAAAAAGGUAUAGGAACGCUACACUUAAAACAUGCAGGAAAUCAGAAGAUUCAGCUAUUAGUACGGGCAGAUACCAACUUAGGUACGUUAUUAUUAUUAUUAGUUCAGUAAACUUCCAAGCCACUGCUAAGUCAAAGGCUUCUGGCUUCUUUCAAAUAAUUAAGAUAUUUAUGAUGGUCCUUUUUUGCUCUCAUGCCUACAACUGUGUAGAAUUUUACACAUAAGUAAACAACAGGCACAUCUAGCAGUGGCUGUGAUUUGUGUCCCAAGUUGGAUGUGUGCAGUUGCUAGCACAUAGUUGGAUGACUUCACAAAUUAUUUGUGUUUGGAAUCUUGAUGCAAACCAGCACUGACAGCCAUUAUUGCAAGUUUGGCUUAUCAACCAUGUAGUGUUUGGCCACUGGAUCUCAGGAAUUUGUUUUUCUUUUUUAAUUGCUAAGUAUUAACACAAUGAGAUCUUGCCCAUUUUUAGGAAUAGUAGCUAAUGUGGUGAGGAAAUGAGUUGAGGAAAUAAUGGAGGCUUGUAAGUCAGUAACAGAGCACAAGCUUUUUCCAGAUAAAAACAUCUCUUGUAGCAAGGAGCUGUGGCUGAGACCUUGAGAGAACCACUGCCAGGUGGAACAGCCUGUGGUUGGCUAGGUGGAUCAGUAACACCUGAUUUUCUCAUACCUCAGGUCACCAUACUACUACCUAGACAUUCAUAUUUUGUAUUUAUUUUGCUCUUUUCCCAACUUCCACUCUGUUGCAGGCAACAUAUUGCUGAACAUUUUGGUGCCUCCUAAGAUGCCAUGCUCCAGAACAGGGAAGAACAACGUGCUCAUUGUCUGUGUUCCAAAUCCACCCAUUGAUGAGAAGAAUGCUACCGUCCCUGUUCCUAUAUUGAUAAGAGUGAAAACAAGUCAGGAUGCAGAUGAGUUGCACAAAAUUUUACUGGAGAAGAAGGAGGUCUAA